UACAUUUUCAAAAACAUUCGGCGGAAAAUGGUCGUCACUAGUUACUACAGCCACAAAGUCAUAAUUAGGUCUAAAACCAGCCUAUUUCUAGAAUUCAUAUUUUUUUAAUCUGAUUUUAAAGCUAACCCUAACCUGAAACGUAUCUACAAUGUUAACCAUAACCUUUGUUUUAAUGUGUUUUUAACGAUAAAGCCUCAUUUUAACCUUGUGGCUGUGGUAACUAGUGGAAAAUAAGUUGGUAUGCAGCUAUUAAAUUAACGUAGUUAGCUAACGUUACAGCUCGUCCAGAAGUCAGAUGAUUGCAUAACAGUCGGUUUCUUCCUUGCUUAGCUACGGUAAAUACAACAAACACGGCUUACAAGCUGCCUAACGUUAACUCGUUUAGCUGCUUAGCUUUUACGUCAUGUUCUUGUUCAACGAGAAAAGUUUUGUAGCUAACGUUAGCUACAAUACUUGCUGCCCCAAACGCAACGGUAACAUCUACAGUAGUCUGUUACUACUAGUAGACUCAACAAGAAUGGCUCCUCACAAGGUUGUUGUCAAGUGUGGGAGCUAUGCGGUGCUGUUGGAUCUCCAGAUCAUUGGGCCUCUGGGCCGCGGAUCACCACAGGAAACCAGCUGGUUCACUAUGGAGCACACUGAGGAGGUCACUAGUCUGGUGAGAGAUGCUGUGGACCGGAGGGUGAGGCUCUACAUAGACUGCCUUCACAAGAGAGGACAGCCCAAACACAAGAGAGAGCUUCCACAUGCCAACCCCCUCUGUGUGAAAGGGAGAAGAGUUAGCCUGGUGGCCAACUUUGUGAAGAGACAUUUCAACCUGCGGUGUAUUGUCAAGCAGCAGUAUGGAGAGCUGCGUGUGUUUCCUGAGCGUUAUGUGGUGUGUGUGAGCCGACUGGAGGAUGUCUCAGCUAACCCGACCCCGGCGGUAACCGUAACCGUGAGUCAGAGUACAGAGUCCCAGUAUUUUUCCAGACCAGCAGCAGAAACCAGAGAUGAACUGAACUCCUCCACAAUAACAAAGAGAAGUUCCCUCCAGAAGAUAGCCAGGCACGCGAACGCCAGGCCCCAACCAGAAACCCAACUUCUGCCCUACGGAUCAAUCCUGGGGAAGAAACUGCACUCUGAGCAGAACAGAGUCCCAGGAGAACAGGGUGCGGAGCCCCAGCCACCGACAGGCCAGCCCAGCCUUACCGCAGAGGCAGUGCUGCCCCACGGCCAUCCCACAACAUCCACUGACCCCACAGUACAGGCCGGGGCUGUGGGAGGGGUGGGACUCACAGAGGGGCAGCAAAGAGAGAGUGUUGGGCUCCCAGGGAACACUGACCCCAGAGAGACAGUGCUGAGUCAGUCCCAGUUUCAGGGUGGUGAAGACAAACCCAGCAGGGUCCCAGGGGAAGACCCUCCCGGGGCCAAGAGGGUGUGCCUUGGGCCACCUCUAGUAGCUUGUUCCUCCAAUGAGCUCAUAAUACCAACACACUCAGCUGUAUCCUCCAACCCUCUCCCUCCUCCUUCUCUGUCGUCUCCUCGUCCACCUCUGGUCAAAUCCAGCGCCAAGACAGAGUCCAAGGCUUUCCCAUCCCCGGCCCCAGCUGCAGCCUUGUUCCCAGCCCCAAUGCUCUAUACUCCAGCCUCUUCCCCAGCCCCAGAGAAGGACCAGUCCACAGCCCCAUCCUCUCUCUCCUUUCUCCCAUACCCAGCCUCUUCCCCAGCCCCAGAGAAGGACCAGUCCACAGCCACUCUCUCCUCUCUCCCAGCCCCUGCUCUUUCCCCAGUGCCAACCCCAGAACGGACCCAGUCCCAAACCUCUCAAACCGCAGUGGAAGUGGAGCUGCUUACUCCAGGGAAACAGUCCCAGAGUCUCCUUCCUCUCACAAGCAGCAAUAACACAGAGCAGACGAACCAGAACAGUCCUGCCGCAGGUCUGAGAGGCCGAUCUGUCAAGGAUGUAGUCUCCUCAGCCCUGUCUAUUGCUUCCACACACACCGGCGUCAUAGGGGAGGGAGAGGAGGGGAGGGAGAAUGGAGGGAGGAGGAGGAGAGGAGAGGAGAAGAGGGGAAAGAUUAUGGAGGGGAAGAGAGGAGUAGAGAGGGAAUAUAAUGGAGGGAAGGAGAGUAGGAGAGGAGAAGAGAGGGAAGUGGGAGAGGAAGAGAGGGAGAAUGUGACCAGACCAUCCAGAUUACGACGGCUGAAGAAGUAAAGAGGGUGAGACUGAGGAGGAGAGAGACGGAGAGAGGAGAGACUGGGGAGGGGGAGAGCUUGAGGGUACAGUAAAGAUGCCUGAUGCCAGGGAUAGAGAUGGUAUUGUGGCAGAUGUGUGUUUACCCACACACACACACACACACACACACGAGUUGGCACACGGACAGUACCCAUUCCAAUACACAAAACAAUUCCCCUCUCUCUCACAGACACACGGACAGUUGUAUACAAACACUUAUACUCAAACAUCAAUUGCUUAACAGAACAUGGCAGAUGUGUUUUGGAUUGUCAAAUAGUUGACAUGGAUGCAACGUGGCCCUCUCUCUCUCCACCCUUAAAGCAGACCAACGUGGCCCACUCUCCACCCUUAAAGCAGACCAACGUGGCCCUCUCCCUCCACCCUUAAAGCAGACCAAAGUGGCCCUCUCUCUCCACCCUUAAAGCAGACCAAAGUGGCCCUCUCUCUCCGCCCUUAAAGCAGACCAACGUGACCCUCUCUCUCCACCCUUAAAGCAGACCAACGUGGCCCUCUCUCUCCACCCUUAAAGCAGACCAACGUGGCCCUCUCUCUCCACCCUUAAAGCAGACCAACGUGGCCCUCUCUCUCCACCCUUAAAGCAGACCAACGUGGCCCUCUCUCUCCGCCCUUAAAGCAGACCAACGUGGCCCUCUCUCUCCGCCCUUAAAGCAGACCAAUGUGGCCCUCUCUCUCCACCCUUAAAGCAGACCAACGUGGCCCUCUCUCUCCACCCUUAAACCAGACCAACGUGGCCCUCUCUCUCCACCCUUAAACCAGACCAACGUGGCCCUCUCUCCACCCUUAAAGCAGACCAACGUGGCCCUCUCUCUCCACCCUUAAAGCAGACCAACGUGACUCUCUCUCCACCCUUAAAGCAGACCAACGUGGCCCUCUCUCCACCCUUAAACCAGACCAACGUGGCCCUCUCUCCACCCUUAAAGCAGACCAACGUGGCCCUCUCUCUCCACCCUUAAAGCAGAAGACGUGGUCAGAAAAAGACUUAAGUCAAAAACCAGAAAAACAUUUCAUUGAAGUUUAGAUUUGGUUUUGCGUUAAAGGUUAAAGAACUGUUGAGACAGGCAGGAGACCUACUGCAGUAGUGGGAUGUCACGGUCUGUGUCCCAAAUGGCACCCUAUUCCCUAUAUAGUGCACUACUUUAGACCAGAGCCCUAUGGCACCCUAUUCCCUAUAUAGAGCACUGCUGUAUUGCACAUGUGGAAAUAGGGUUCCCUUUGGGACUUGAUGUCUGACUGACUCCUAGGCAUCUGAACCUUCCAGUAUCCUCUGACUGACUCCUAGGCAUCUGAACCUUCCAGUAUCCUCUGACUGACUCCUAGGCAUCUGAACCUUCCAGUAUCCUCUGACUGACUCCUAGGCAUCUGAACCUUCCAGUAUCCUCUGACUGACUCCUAGGCAUCUGAACCUUCCAGUAUCCUCUGACUGACUCCUAGGCAUCUGAACCUUCCAGUAUCCUCUGACUGACUCCUAGGCAUCUGAACCCUCCAGUAUCCUCUGACUGACUCCUAGGCAUCUGAACCCUCCAGUAUCCUCUGACUGACUCCUAGGCAUCUGAACCCUCCAGUAUCCUCUGACUGGCUCCUAGGCAUCUGAACCCUCCUGUAUCCUCUGACUGGCUCCUAGGCAUCUGAACCCUCCAGUAUCCUCUGACUGACUCCUAGGCAUCUGAACCCUCCAGUAUCCUCUGCUCUAAGCCCUAGCUAUGAUAUCUCUCUCUCUCUCUCUCUCUCUCUCUCUCUCUCUCUCUCUCUCUCUCUCUCUCUCUCUCUCUCUCUCUCUCUCU